AUGGAUUUGAAACCAGAGCCCAUGAUCUUAAUUGUACAUUCUGCUGGCUCUUUGUGCAGAAAGGGAAGGGCAGGGAGUUACCGUUUUAAUAUGAUCAUCGGCGAAGGCCCCACUGAUAAAAUGACAUUGAACAAAGCCCUGAAGAAAGGUGAGAGAGAAAAUCAUGUGACUAUACAGGAAGAACUUCCAGGUAGCAACAACAGCCAGUGCAAAGGCCCUGAGGAAGGAGAGUUUCGUGUAUUUGCCCCAGAACACAGACUCCCGGCAGUUGGACUUUUAGCCACUGAGACUCAGGAUCUGAAGGAUUUUUCACUUCCCCGGUUUAUGGCUCAGGAGUUGGCAGCACCUCUUUCACGAGGGCAGCCACCAGAGCAGAGCAUUACAGAGACUACAACAUAUCCCUGGGAUGAGGGAGACCUGAGAUUUGCGCCUUUGAACUCCACGGCGCACUCAUUCUCCAGCAGCUCCGAAUCAAACCUGAGUCUCUCUGUGGGCUAUUUCCCCUGUGAGGACAACUUUUCCUAUGAGAACAUCAUCUCCUGUGAAGACACAUCUUCUGAAGGUCCUUCAAUCCACUUUGUCCCUCCUAUCCAAGGGACAUGGCGGACUGAAAACAUAGGGAGACUCCUGGGGAGAUGAGACCAAAUACAGGACGACCCAGAGCAGUUUUGCAAACUAAGAAUCACCCUGGCCUGGGAUGUUGACAUGGCCUCUAAGAAUUCAGACUCAAUGGCUAAUUGGGACCUAAGUGGAGACAACCAGUGGAUAGACAAGUAUCCCAAAGAGAAGACACAACUGACUAGCAAACUGGACGGUCUUGUGCAAAAGCUUGAGAAAUUUCUUGAGAACCAGUAAGAUGACGAAGAUGAGGACUGUGUGUUCCAUGAAUCUGUUCAGCAGGAAGACUCUCAGCUGUCUAGCAGCUCCCCUCCAGGUAUGGCUCAGGUUACUCAUCAAGAACAUGAGAGCUGUCAACACUCGGCCAAGUUCAACCCAUCAGAAAAUGAAGAUGUCAUCCAGUUUCCACAGAUUCCUCCAAGGCUUCAGAAACAGGAGCUUGCUGAAAUAAUAAGCGAGGUGACUGGCAGCCAAAGGACAAGUAUUGCAGAGACCUCCUCAAUCUCAUCAGGUCCGCAAGAGAAGGAGGACACUCACUCCAGCACACAAGCCCUCUCCUGUCUGAACUUCGGGUGGAUCUUCCGCUGGCUAAGGCACCAAGUCCUCCCUUCAUUUUGGGGGAGAGAGCACCCCAAGAAGGCCACUGAGAGCCCCCAUCAGCUAGCACAAAAGAAACGACUCUCUCAGAAGAGAAUCCAACCUCAAGAAUCCCUCAAAUUGGGCCACCCCAUAUCGCCAGAUUUUUAAAUUUUGAUAGCCCCUAUUCUACAAUCCCCAUGAGCUAUUUUUUCCCCAAUAAACAAAAUACAUAUUCUUGUUA